AUGUCUGCCGAAGCCCACCUGGCCGCCGCGGCGCCCACGUUUGACGACCACGCCCAAGACGCCACAGCUGCGAACUCGUCCGCGGUCGACCUCUCCGACACCCCCGUUCUCGCGCUCCCACACCACCUCACUAGCGACCGCGUCCGUCGCCGCUCGGAGAUCACGCGCUCGCGCCCGCCGACCACUCCCGGCGCGGUCGCAAACUUCGAGGAGAUUGAGCUCCCAGUGAUCCCUGAGGCACCGAAGCCGCGUAUCGACGCGCUCGCGAGCGCGUCGGGAAUCUCCGCUCUGGGCUCCGAUGCGCCUGGCCCCACCGUUAUCUUUCGCGCGGACACGCUCGACAAGGACGUCGAGAUCGCGCCUAGUUUCCCGAAUUCGCUCGCGCCGUCUGUCCUUUUCGAAGGGGAGACGGGGUCGAGCGCGAGCCUCACGCCCGCGCAACAGUCGGAGAACAAGCGCAGAGUGCUCCUCAACUUCGUCACGCUGUGCAUUUGCGUCUUCAUGAACGGCUGGAAUGACGGGACAAAUGGCCCGAUGCUCCCUCGGAUACAGGAGUAUUACCAUAUUGGCUACGCCGUUGUGUCUCUCAUCUUUGUGUGCAACACUAUUGGUUUCAUCUCGGGUGCCGUUGCGAACGUCUGGCUCACCGACAAAUUCGGGUUCGGAAAGGUUAUCGUGUUCGGAUCACUCUGCCAGCUCGUUUCGUACGGCAUGAUCAUCCCUGCUGGCCCGUUCCCGCUCAUGUGCAUCGCGUUCGUCUUCAUUGGCUUUGGCCUUUCACUCCAGAACGCGCACUGCAAUGGCUACGUCGUUUCUUCGCCACAUAACGCUGCCACUAAGCUUGGUUUCCUUCAUGCUUCGUAUGGCCUGGGAGCACUAGUCUCGCCCUUGGUUUCUACCCAAUUCGCUCAGCUCAAGCAUUGGUCGUACCACUACAUUAUAUCAACCGUCCUCAACGCCGGCGUCGUCGCUCUGCUGAUAUUCAUGUUCCGUGGCAAGCGGCAGGAAGUGCUCAAAGCCGAGUCGGGCGAAGCUAUGGGCGAACCUGAAGCCGUGACUUCGAACAAGUACAAGCAGAUCCUCGGCCUCCGCGAAGUCCACUUCUUGUCUACCUUCUCGCUCAUCUACGUCGGCGUCGAAGUGACCAUAGGAAACUGGAGUGUCACGUUCCUACAGCAGACGCGGCACGGAAAAAGCAGCGCGGGAUACAUCUCUUCUGGUUUCUUCGCCGGGCUCAUGCUCGGCCGCAUCCUCCUCAUCUGGCUGAACAAGAAGAUCGGCGAGCGCCGUGCUCUCUUCAUCUAUGCCCUCAUCGCCAUCCAACUCGAAGUGACCGUCUGGGUUGUCCCCUCGCUCGUCGAGAACGCGGUCGCGGUGGCACUCAUCGGCCUUCUCCUCGGCCCAAUGUACCCCAUCCUGAUGAACCACACCACCAAGAUCCUCCCGCGCUGGCUGCUCACCGGCUCGAUCGGCUACAUCGCCGGACUCGGCAGGCCGGUUCCGCCCAUCGUGUCGAUGAUGUCGACCAUGAUCGUCGUGUGGGCGUUCAUUCCCCGCGUCCGCACCGUCCCGACAUAA